AUGUCAAGAUUGUGUGACAAUGCCCAUGUUUCUACAGAAUCCAGGCACAAGAAAGUACCGCGAGUGGACAUAGCUGGAAGGCGGUUGCUGAGUAAACAGGAGCUGUUGAAGUACGUCCCCACCAGCCCCACAGCGAAAAGUAUCGUGGAGAUCUGGAACCGACUACACAGGAAAGUACGGCAGCGAGUGGAGCAGGAAGAGUGGGAGGGAAACGGAAGCUUCAAGCCCUCGCCAGGCACCAAUGACUACGAGGCUAGCAACAACGAAAGGAAAAGACGUCUGAUCGCAGACGAUGACUGCUGGAAGGACAUGUGUGGUUUGUUCUUCAUUCCCGAGGCGAAUGCCUUCGUACAGUUGAACAGCAACACGGUGUACAUGCACAUCCGCAAGGUUGUGAACAACGCUAAGGAGAUGCAGAGGAGAAAAGGUCUGAAGCGACGCGGGGGAGGUCUCAGUCAAGUACCGAUGACAAUGCCGUUGAGUUGGGACUAUCCAUGACCAUUAGUAUGCAAGGGCACUGUUUAACAGUAGUAUAGUUGCCUUUGUUUACCUUUGUUGCGUAUUGGCAAUAAGGAUAGGAACCUGAACUUCAUUGAGGCCCACGGUAUGACAUGUAAGAAUGAAGGAAGUUUCAAUAUAGAUGUAUUUGCCCAGGUUUUUUGCCCAUAUUCCGUCCGUGUACAUGUACAUGUACUGAAUGCUUUUGUGGUAUUCCGGGCAAAUAUGCAGCUCGCAGAAAACAUUACGUAUUUUCUUGUACUGUAAAAAUCUGGUUGUUUUUAUUGUCUUGAACUCAACAGCAUGUUUUAAUACAGUUGGAAUAAGAGCAGCAUGUACUGACCUGAACUUCCGCCAAUAGCAGUACAUCCCAGCAAAGACAGAGACAACUAUAAACAUGACGCCCAGUGCGAUAGCCAGACUGUACUGCCACUGUAGACCCGAACUCUUGUUCUUCACUUCACCCUCGCCUCGUUUGAUAUCUCCCCUCGCUAUAUCCCAUGAAGCUCUGUAGCGGAACAAUUGAAACGAACAAUAUUAAAUCACACAAUCUCGAAACAGUCCAAUGAGUUAAGACCCCCCAUAACUCAUUUUUCAUAGUUUGAUAGAGGUUGUAUGAAAUCUCGUACUUGUGAAAAAAAUGUGUUAAAGGGGUGUUAACUCAUUUUUUCACUU